GCGUUUGCAUUUGCAGGAGGUGAAGCCAGCCUACGUUUCCAUUUCCGAAUUCAACAAGACCCAAGCAACUACUACAUCACCUUUACACCUCGCCAUGGCCGACAGCGAUGAUGACACCACACGCAACAUGUUGCAGUACCUAAUUUUCGCGCUAUUGCUCGUGAUCGGGCUCUCGCCCUUCCUGCUGAUGCUCUGGAAGAACGCGGCGUACCGCGACCGGUUGCGUGACACCUUCUGCUGUAAGGAUUGCAGUGACGUCUGCGCACGGCGUGUGCACUACGACGAGGCGGACCUGCGAACGCUGCGAGAGCUGGAGGAGCCCCCACAGCGCGAAAGCGUGGGUAUCAACGGCGCCUACCGCAUGUACCAGGCGCGGCGCUCGAGGCUGUCACUGCGCUUGGCCUCGUGGCGUGAGGACGUCAAGCGCGGCGGUGGAGAUGAUGACCGUCUGCAUCACAAGUUGGCGCAAAUUCAGGCAGCGCAUUACCGGCGUCAACAGACCCAGCCGGCAGCACCAUCGACCACCAGCAGCGCUCCAGCCAACCGAACCAACUCGACGCCCAACAUCCCUUUCGACAUCCGAGUAGUGGAGAUCAACGAUCGUGUGGACGAGUCUAGCAGCUCAUCCGUGGUGGUAGCAUCGUCGAACGCAUCAAAUCUUUCCAACGAUUCGGACGAGGAGGCUGCCUACGCACUGGUACCUCCCACGCCGAAGAAUGAGCAACGAGAAGCACUUCGAGCAGGCCGACGAUCGGUGGUCACCGCCGAGGAAGAGGAGGAGGAAAAGGAGGAUGUGACGCCCCGCGACCAUGAGAUCGUAUAGGUGAUGGCACGGCAUUUUUUGAACGAUUGAAGUUACGAAUACUGCGCGGCAGGAAAAUGAACAAACGAACAAUUGCCGCAGGUGAAGAAGUGAGUGGAGACGGCCCUGGUGAGCGGACGCUAAUUAUUUGGGCGUGAGCUGCUACCGAAGGCUGUUUUGUGACUGCUGCUUGCCAGCGCGCAAGGCUACUAUAUCAUAUUUAGACAGCAACUAGCGUGCAUGUAGGGACUACCUAGCAGCGAAUUUUAAUGCCACAUAUUUAUUUCCA